UUUCUUCGGACGUAAAAGAAGAGCCUUAAGAGUUAUCUAAUUCAACAAUAAUUUUAAAGUUUAUAAUGAAAUAAUUAUAAUUAGCAAGUUAGUAUCACUUGCUGAAGUCUUUUUAAUCAAUUGUAGUUUUUUGGAGUUUUUUUCUUGAUUAGUGUUGACACAUUUAAGUCAAUGCAUUUAAUGUAAAAGAAAAAAUUCUUGAACCAGGUUAAAUAAAAAUUCUUGAACCAGGUUAAAUAAAAAUCUAUUUUUAAACAUAUCGGAUAAAAUGUCUGAUCGUGAAGAAAAACAUACUGUUGAAACAGUUGAUCAAGAAUUGAGUGACUACUCUAGUAAUGGUAGUCCAAGUAUUACUGGUGAAGAUUUAAAGCCUACUAAAGUUACAAAGCAAAAGCGUAAGCGAAUUUUGAAGGAUGUCAAUGCUCCUAAAGCACCUCUUACUGGGUAUGUUCGUUAUUUAAACGAGCACAGAGAAAAAUUUCGUAUAGAAAAUCCAGAUAUGCCUUUUCAUGAAGUUACUAAAAUAUUAGGUCAAAAGUGGUCAAGUUUAGACCAGUCAGAAAAACAGCAAUACCUGUAUGAAGCUGAGAAGGAUAAGGAAAAGUAUAUGAAAGCUCUUCAAGGCUACCAGCAGUCUUCAGCAUAUAAAGAGUUUCAAAAAAAGAAACGACAAGAAGCUGAUUUUUUGAAUGAUACAGGGAAAGUUAAAUGUGAUGUAGAGAAUAGUUGUUCUCCUCUAAAGCAAAAUACUGAACAAUUGAUCAGAGGACCAAGAAUAACUUCUACUGAAGAUGUUCAUAUACCCAUAUUUACAGAGCAGUUUUUGGACUAUUCCACAAAACGAGAAUCUGAGUUACGACAACUGAGGAAAGACAAUUCUGUACUCGAGGAACAAAAUGCUUUACUUAUUAAACAAAUUGAACAUAUGAAAAGUGUAGUAGAACAAGUUAAAAAAGAAAUAAUUCAACAGGAAAAUGAAAACAUAUCUAUGCAAAAAUAUUUAGAUCAAUUUAAAAAAACUUUAGUGUCAUCUUUUGAGCAAGUUGUUCUGCCAUCUUCAUUGCCAGGUGAGCCACAAAAAUGGAGUUGUAGUAAUGUUGAGACUAAGUUAGCUGUUUUAUCUGAAUAUUUAACUUCGAGUAACAGUGAACCAGUUUUGGCAAUGCAACAAAAAGUGAAAGACAUUAUUAACAUUUUGAAAUACUGAAGCUUUCUGAUCAUUGUUAGAGUUAUUUAGCGUGAUAAAGUUUUUUCUUUUUUAAAUGCUGUAUAUUGUUUGUAUAAUUUAUUUGUUUUUAUUUUUAAAAACUCAAACAACAGCUUUUAUCAAUUGUUCGUUAUCAUUAUUUGAACAUAAAUUUGAAUAUUAAAAAAAUGAGCAUUUUAAAAUGAUUAAUACACUUUUUUGAUUGUUGGUUGAAUAAUUUUUAUCAGCAUAGUGUGGGUUGAUGAACCAUUUGUAGCAUUGGUUUAGUAAAUUGUUGUUGUUAUAUGUAUAUAAACAGAAUAUAUUUUUUCUAUAGAA